UCCUCGACUCCUUCACAACAAAACCGCAACCUGCUAUGCAGCAAGACAACUCCUUCCGUACUCCUUCCCAACCCAACAUCGCCUUCAAGCUAAACUUGAUAAUUCCACACCAUCCAUGUCUUCUAGGCGGUGUCAGUCUAGCUCCCCCCUGCAGCCCUCCACCGCCAUCCAGCAACCCGCUCAUUCCUCGCAAAUUCCCCAGUUUGGAGCGGAUAGCUUUGCCCAGACACUUUACAAGGUUCCCGCAUAUCGGUAUUCCCACUCCCUAACUUUUCUCGAGCUCUUCAGCCCGUCGGCGGAGAAGAAGAUCAUCAGGGCUUUCAGCAAAUUGCGAGGAAGAUCCUGGCAUGCUGAACUUCCAAGAAUGUCUGAUUUUCAGAAACCGGGCACAUCAACGGGCGGGCCGGAGAAUGGAUGGUGGGAGUUCGCCCAUGAUCUUCGUGAGAUGGGCCUAGGUUGGGCUGAGGAGCAGUUCGGGCCUCCUCCAAUAGUCCAGGGCCCGGCCACAGAUGCUGUGGGAAGUCAGUCGGAACUGGAGUCCGCUACUGAUGAAGCUGCCAAGGGAUCUGACACCGAGCCGGAUUCAGAGAUGGAAACCAUUGCUAAACAGUACUUGAGGGCCAAGUCUGGGUUCCGCCACGCCCAAAGAUUUCGAGACACAACUUCCGAAGCUGGCAGUGGCGGUAUUCCCCGCGUCCGAGAAGCAAAGUCGCACAUCGCUAGGAUCUCUGCCAGCGGAGAUGCCCUCUUUGCAUCCGACCAACCUCACGCUGGAUCCGACAAGGGAGAGGACACCAAAGAGGACUCUGAAGCCGAACAGAUUGCUCAACGAUACCCCCAACGGCCAUCUCCUCCUCGUGCAAGGCGCUCUUCAGCUGCGGACUUCGGCAAAGUUGAAGAAUAUGGGCCAAUCGACAUGAUGAGGAUUCGCCGUCGAGGUCGGAUCGCUCCGCCUCUCCCGAAGGAAGGAUGGCCGUCAUACGACAGCCAGGCGGAGGUUGAAUACCCAACACUGCCUUCACUGCCAUCAUUCCCUUCGCAACACCAGCCUCCUGCGUCACCUCCUGUGCCAUCGCGUCCGGUACCCAAUGUAGCCCCUCAGCCCAACCUCCCUCCGGCACAAGCACCAACCCCAGGGGGUUACCUGGCCACCUACCGUCCGCGUCAACCAAAUGACACCCUGUUCCACCGUGGCUCCGCGGGAGUCAAUCCUGAUGGCGCACACGCACGACCUCCCUUUAAGAAGCGCUCGAUGCACGCAAAGAAUGGGAUGGGCGGGGUACUGCGGCAUCAUCGGAUUGUCUCUGGGUCAUUCGGAAGCUUUGAAACGGAGAAGCCGAGCAGGUUCAACGACAGACCUUACAGAUUGUUCGCGGAGCGACGCCAGAAGAAGGAAGAAAAGAAAGCCGGGCCUGAACAAAUGGAGGGGUAGAAAGUGCUGCGCGUCCUCGAAGGCGAAUCUCAAUCGGCAAUGGCUUUGGGAUGGUGUCUAUAAUCACAUCAUUUUUACUUGUAUACUCUACCGCAAUCAGCUCUUAUUGAGGCUCCAUCACUGCCUAGUGAUCGUUUGAAAUGGUUGCUGUAA